GGAAGCGGCGAGUCUCCAUGGCGGCCGCGACGGCGGGCCCGGUGCUGUGGAGGCGGCUGCUGGGCCUCCUGCCUGGGCGCCCUGGGCUGACCGCGCUCCUCGGGCGCCUGUCCGACCGCCUCAGCAGGAGCCGGGACCGGCGGCGCAGGAGGUCGCCAUGGCUCUUACUAGCGCCCUUGCUGUCCCCGGCGGUCCCGCAUGUCAGCUCCCCACCUUGCUGCCUGUGUCCAGACGGCGUGCACCGGUUCCAGUGGAUCCGGAACCUGGUCCCAGAGUUCGGCGUCUCCAGCUCCCACGUCCGGGUGCUGUCUUCCCCUGCCGAGUUCUUCGAACUCAUGAAGGGGCAGAUAAAGGCUGCGAGGAGACGGGUCGUGAUGGCGUCCCUCUACCUGGGGACAGGCCCCUUGGAGCAGGAGCUGGUGGAUUGCUUGGAGGGCACCUUGGAAGAAUCUCUCCAGACCAAGUCUCCUUCGGAUCUCAAGGUCUCCAUCCUUCUGGACUUCACGCGUGGCUCGAGAGGCAGGAAGAACUCUCGCACGAUGCUGCUCCCACUCUUGCAGAAGUUUCCAGAACAGGUCCGCGUCUCCCUCUUCCACACACCAAACCUCCGUGGUCUGCUGCGGCUCUUUAUGCCCGAGCGCUUCAACGAGACCAUUGGCCUGCAGCACAUCAAGGUCUACCUGUUCGACAAUAGCGUCAUCCUGAGCGGUGCAAACCUGAGCGACUCCUACUUCACCAACCGCCAGGACCGCUACGUGCUCCUGCAGGACUGUGCGGAGAUCGCCGACUUCUUCACGGAGCUGGUGGACGCUGUGGGGGACGUGUCCCUGCAGCUGCAGGGGGACAACACGGUGCAGGUGGUGGAUGGCAUGGUGCACCCCUACAAAGGUGACCGGGCUGCGUACUGCAAGGCGGCCAACCAGCGGGUCAUGAGCGUGCUGCACUCUGCCCGGGCCCGCCAGCAGCAGCUGCACGCACAGACCUUCCACCGCGACCCGCUGUCGCCCCGGCAGGACACGGCAGCCGCUGGCGACCGCUGCCCGGCCCCCGACACCUGGAUCUACCCUUUGGUCCAGAUGAAGCCGUUUGGGAUUCAGAUCGACGAGACCGUCACGGAGACGCUGCUGACCGAGGCCGAACGGGGCUCCCGCGUUUACCUCACUACGGGCUACUUCAACCUGACGCAGGCCUACAUGGACCUGGUCCUGGGCACACGGGCCGAGUACCAGAUCCUGCUGGCCUCCCCGGAGGUGAAUGGCUUCUUCGGAGCCAAGGGCGUCGCGGGGGCCAUCCCGGCGGCUUACGUGCACAUCGAGCGGCAGUUCUACAGCGAGGUGUGCAGCCUCGGGCAGCAGGCGCGGGUCCGGCUGCAAGAGUACCGGCGCAGGGGCUGGACGUUCCAUGCCAAAGGCCUCUGGCUGUACCUGGCGGGGAGCAGCCUGCCCUGCCUCACGCUGAUUGGCUCUCCUAAUUUUGGGUACAGGUCAGUGCACCGGGACCUGGAGGCCCAGAUUGCCAUCGUGACCGAGAGCCGUGCCCUGCAGCAGCAGCUCCACCAGGAGCAGGAGCGGCUCUACCUGAGGUCGGGUGUGGUCUCUGCAGCCACCUUCCAGCAGCCCAGCCGGCAGGUGAAGCUCUGGGUGAAGAUGGUGACGCCGUUUAUCAAGAACUUCUUCUGAGGGAUGGCCUUGAUGAAGAUGACGGGCAUGGCUGGUGUCAGCUCCUUCAGUCGCGCUUCCGCAAUCACUCCCGUCUGGACGUCCCAGCGAGCUCCUGUGAACACAGCCCAGUGGGGGCUCAGGCGGCCCUGGGUGGCCACCAGCCCGGGGAGCACUGGCCAUGAGGGCUGCGCGCUGCGUGGGCACAGGAACUGCUUCCUUGGCGCUGGGCGAGGACACAGCGGCCUGCCCGACACCGGGGAUAGCCCGGGCCUGCCUGCCAGCAAGCCCCAGCACUCCAGGCCAGCAGCACGCAGGGCCCUCGUGUCGCCCUGUCUUGCCCGACGGGGAGCAGCCCUGCGCCUGGGCCACCCUGCCCCCACUGCUCUUUCUACCCUAUUUAAUGAUGUUUGCAUUUCCUGUCUGGAAUUCCAAAAUAAACGCAGAGAAUGGCUACUGCCAGGCUUGUUCCCUGGUCAGGCGGGCAGGAGGACGGAUGACCCGGUGGGGGCUGGCCCCAGGUCAGCUACCCGGAGCGGGGGCAGAGUUCGGCCCCCUGUGGUCUGGGGGC